AUGAGGAUGAGUGUUCUGCACCAACUCGCCCAGGGAGUGGGAGGGGAGACGCUUGGAAGACACAUCAUUUCCUACUCUCCUCCUCCCUUCCACUCAUCCCUCCCUUCACUACCAGAUGUGGCCGCUAGUGCCGGUGGCAGUGGUGGCAGCAGGGGGGGCGUGGGCAUGUGGCCUCUAGUGCCAGUGGCAGUGGUGGCAGCAGGGGGCGCGUGGGCAUACUGGGCUCAGACAAACUCCCCCAGGGAGUGGGAGGGGGGACGGCGCAAGGGCAUUGUGCCCUUCUUAAAGCCGCAGAUUCAAAGGGAGUCAAGAGCGUGCAGACGUGGCAGUGAGCAUGGCACAGCAGCAGUACUUGGUGUAUGGCAUGGAAUACGAGGGUCAUGGGUCAUCCCAGGGCCUGCACACUUAUACAUGGCGGCCCCCUCUCCCCUUCCCCUCUCCCCUUCCCCUCUCCCCUUCCCCUCUCCCCUUCCCCUCUCCCCUUCCCCUCUCCCGUUCCCCUCUCCCCUUCCCCUCUCCCCUUCCCCUCUCCCCUUCCCCUCUCCCCUUCCCCUCUCCCCUUCCCCUCUCCCCUUCCCCUCUCCCCUUCCCCUCUCCCCUUCCCCUCUCCCCUUCCCCUCUCCCCUUCCCCUCUCCCCUUCCCCUCUCACGACCUGCAUGCAUACAUCCUCCCUUCCCACUCCUUCUGCCCCCUUCCCAUUUUGUCGACCGCCAGACGUGGCAGUGAGCAUGGCACAGCAGCAGUACCUGGUGUAUGGCAUGGACUAUGAGGGCCAUGGGUGCUCGCAGGGCCUGCAUGCAUACAUCCCCCGCUUCGACACCAUCAUAGACGAUGUGGUUGAAUUCACCGACGCGCUAAGAGGUGGGUGCAAAUGGGUGGAGGUGGGUGCAGUGCAGUUGGGUAGGUGCUCACAGGGUCUGCAUGCAUACAUCCCGCGCUUCGACACCAUCAUAGACGAUGUGGUUGAAUUCACCGAUGCGCUAAGAGCAUCACCUGCCCUCUCAUCCCUCCCGGUCUUCCUGUACGGCGAGUCAAUGGGCGGCGCAGUGGCCAUCAAGACGCACUGGCGCCGCCCAGACGCCUUCCGAGGAGCCGUCCUAUUGUCGCCCAUGUGCAAGAUAGCAGAGGAGUUGAUGCCUCCCCCAAUGGUGGUCUCAGCGUUCUUGGCUCUCAGCGGCGUCAUUCCCAAGAUAGCAGAGGAGUUGAUGCCGCCCCCAAUGGUGGUAUCAGCAUUCCUGGCUCUCAACAGCGUCAUUCCCAAGGUCAAGAUGGUUCCAGGAAAGGACAUCAGCGACAUUGGCAUGAGAGACCUUGCCAACCGGAAGCGGGCGAAGGAUAACCCAAUGUCCAUCAGGGGCCCUGCCCGAGUGGGCACAGCAGUUUCACUGCUGCGGACCACACAGGAGAUCGGCCCACGGAUGAAGGAGCUCUCCCUGCCAUGCUUCAUACUGCACGGCAGUGCUGACGUGGUGACCGACCCGGCACUCUCCAAGGAGCUUCACGCAGCGGCCAGCAGCACCGACAAGACACUCAAGAUCUACGAGGGCUCCUGGCAUGGGCUCACGACUCCUGGCUGGCACCCUACCCUCUCCCUGCCAUUCUUCAUACUUCAUGGCAGUGCUGACGUGGUAACCAACCCAGCACUCUCCAAGGAGCUGCACGCAGCGGCCAGCAGCACCGACAAGACACUCAAGAUCUACGAGGGCUCCUGGCACGGACUCACGACUCCUGGCUGGCACCCUACCCUCUCCCUGCCAUGCUUCAUACUGCACGGCAGUGCUGACGUGGUGACCGACCCGGCACUCUCCAAGGAGCUUCACGCAGCGGCCAGCAGCACCGACAAGACACUCAAGAUCUACGAGGGCUCCUGGCACGGGCUCACGUCCGGGGAGCCUGAUGAUGUGAUUGAAAAGGUGAUUGCGGAUAUUGUCGCGUGGAUUGCUGCGCGCAGCAGCGCUGCUACAGUGGAUUUGAAUGCGGUGAAUGAGAAGCUAUUGGAGCCGCCUUUUAAGGGGGAUAAGGGGAAGGAGGUAGAGGUGUAG